AGGAAUCAUCCUUCCCUUUGCGGAAGUAGAAGUUGUGAAAGUUCACCCUGCUUGGAAAAGAACCCAAGUGGCAAGCAGUCCAGCUCAACAAUCACAGAGCAAUAGCAAUGUCUUUGUCAUUUGAAGGAAGAGUUGUGCUCGUCACCGGUGCCGGAGGAGGUCUUGGGAAGGAGUAUGCACUGGCCUUUGCUGAAAGAGGAGCCUCUGUUGUAGUGAAUGACCUUGGGGCAGACACCAAAGGGGGCGGAAAGAGUUCUGCGGCUGCUGAUAAGGUUGUGGACGAGAUAAAAGCCAAGGGAGGAAAAGCAGUGGCCAACUAUGACUCUGUGGAAGACGGAGAGAAGCUCGUUCAAGCGGCGCUGGAUGCGUUUGGAAGAAUAGAUAUUGUCGUAAACAAUGCCGGGAUCCUUCGUGACCGCUCAUUCGUCAGGACAAGCGAUUUGGAUUGGGACCUCAUUCACAGGGUUCACCUGCGAGGCUCUUUUUUGGUGACCCGUGCCGCCUGGAACCACAUGAAAGAGCAAAAGUUUGGCAGAAUCAUCAUGACGGCUUCAGCCGCGGGCAUCUACGGCAACUUUGGCCAGGCCAACUACAGCGCCGCCAAGCUGGGCCUGCUGGGCCUGUCCAACACGCUGGCCAUCGAGGGACGCAAAUACAACAUCCACUGCAACACCAUCGCUCCCGUUGCCGGCUCACGCCUCACCGAGACGGUCAUGCCUCCGGAUCUGGUGGCGGCGCUAAAGCCGGAGUACGUGGCCCCCAUGGUGCUGUGGCUCUGUCACGAACAAUGCCAAGAAAAUGGAGGACUCUUUGAGGUUGGCGCGGGCUGGAUUGGCAAAUUGCGCUGGGAGCGAACUCAGGGCUGCAUCACUAGACAGAGCAACCAGCCCAUGACACCCGAAGCUGUCAGGGACCAGUGGGACAAAGUUUGUGAUUUUACAGACGCAAUCAAGCCCACCUCAGUACAAGAAUCUCUUCAAUCCAUUGUGAACGUACUGUCCAAAGUGGAAUCGGGGGUUACCGCCAGUCCGACCUCUGCGGUGUCCCCUGCUGCUGGCAUCAACCCUACUGCAGUAGUGGGACAAAAACUUCCCGUGACCACGUUUGACUUCACGCACACGCAGUGCAUCCUGUACGCGCUUGGCGUGGGCAUGUCCACCAAAGACCCCGACCACCUCAGGUUCUUGUACGAAGGCCAUCCGGACUUUGGCUGCCUCCCGACCUUCGGGGUUAUUCCUUCCCAGGCGAGCAUGAUGGACGGUGGCCUGAGCUCUUUGCCAGGACUCAAUAUUGACUUCACACAGGUGUUACAUGGCGAGCAAUAUUUAGAGCUCUACAAACCUCUUCCCACCUCUGGACAACUGACCUCAGAGGCAACCGUAGCAGACGUGCUGGACAAAGGCUCCGGGGCGGUCAUCCUCUUGGACGUCAACACAUACAGCGGCGGCGAGCUGCUCUGCUUCAACCAGUGGUCCGUGUUUGUGGUCGGCGCCGGAGGCUUUGGAGGCAAAAGAACAUCGGAGAAAGCUAAACCUCUUGCGCCGCCGCCUCAGCGUGCUCCAGACGUCGUGCUGGUUGAUUCCACCACUAACGACCAGGCGGCCUUGUACCGUCUGAGUGGGGACUGGAACCCCCUCCACAUUGACCCCAGCUUUGCUGCCAUGGGGGGUUUUAAGUCACCCAUCCUGCACGGUUUGUGCUCAUUUGGCUUUGCGGCAAGACAUGUCCUCAAGGAGUUUGCUGGCAACGACCCCUCCAGAUUCAAGGCCAUCAAGGUCCGCUUUGUGAAACCGGUGAUACCCGGUCAGUCUCUGCAGACGGAAAUGUGGAAGGAAGGCAGUCGAGUCCACAUUCAGUGUAAAGUCAAGGAGACAGGCGCCGCGGUGCUUGCGGGCGCUUAUGUCGAUUUACACGAAUUGGCUGAGACGUCUCCCGGUCUUCCUCAGGCGGGGCCAGGCCUCCAGAGCGAGCUGGUGUUCGCAGAGAUUGGCCGCCGCAUCCAAGAGUCUGGCAGCGAGCUGGUUAAGAAAGUCAACGCCGUCUUCGGCUGGGAGAUCACCAAAGACGGCAAGAAUGUCGCGGAGUGGACGAUUGAUUUGAAGAACGGGAGCGGCGCGUUACAUCGAGGCACCUACAGCGGGAAAAUGGACGUGACUUUCACGGCAUCAGAUGACAACUUCAUGGCGAUAGUGCAAGACAAACUCAACCCUCAGAAGGCAUUUUUCUCUGGCGAGCUCAAGAUUCGUGGAAACGUCAUGCUAGGUCAGAAGCUGGAAGUCAUCCUGAAAGAUCACGCGAGGCUGUGAACGCCUCUGACAAAAGCCAACCCACCCAGGGGGAGGGGGAGCGUCGGCUAUACCUCGUUCGUCAACACCAUCCACAGGCUGCGGCAGAAUUUAUUGUAACUUGCCAUUACAAUCUAAAUCCAAAACCUUAAUGGAACAGUUAUAAAAGUGCUUAUAAUAUUAAUAAAUUUGUUCUUGAAUUAUAUGGUCCUCUGAGGACUUAAUGAAAUGAUUCCCCAUCUCUUAUGUAAGCUUAUUUCCCGAAGGUUAAAAUAACAAUGGCGUGUUAUCGGAGAUCCAAAUCAAUUAAGUCAGAAAAUCAGUGUAAUUGAACGAGUUAUUCCAUUUGAAUGGAUCCACACUGACUCUCCGACCUUGACGCGCCGUUGAAAUGUCACGUAUUGAUUCCCAAACAGAUUUUUCUCUCUCUGGUAGCACUAAACACUGACAGAAAUGGAUUCGGGUAAGUGAUAUUGAAAGCAAUUUAACAAACUGUAAUUGUGAUGUUUUCUCUUCUAAUCAAUGCUAAUGUGGACAUUUAAUACUGUUUGCUAAUAAAGCCUUAAGAUUA